CCGGCCAUGCCCAUCCGACCGUACCCACUGUCCACCGAUCAAGCCAUCCACGUGUAAUUCUGAACAUUUUCCUAAUCCAAACAAAAAGUCAUCUCAGAAACAAAAUCAGAAUCAGAAUCAGAUAUCCCGGCGGCCUAAAGCAUUAAUUACCAUAUAUAACAGGAAAUUUUUGAUAAAUCUUGAAGAAGAUACGUACCCAAGACCCAGAUGCUAAAGCCACAAAAUACCCACCUCGAAAACAGAGAAUUUUGAAUCAAACCGGGCGGAAUCGGCCUUCCGGCAGCCGCACGGUGAGGGAAUAAAACUGGGGGAGUGCCGCCUGCCGUAGUGGUUUCAAGAAUAAUUUCUUGGGGAGUUGUUUUCUGAAGAUGAUAAGGAAGAACAUUGCUCACCGGUGCGAGAGCUUGCUUGUCAAGAAAUGGCUACUCCAACUGCUAUUAAUAAAAUCCCGACGAGCCAACUCAACAAGCUGAUUCCCCCACCACAUCAAAACGAACCCAGAAGAUGGAAAACGGGUCGGCGAGAUGGGGUUUUCGUGGGAACGAAGAACUGAACGUGGCGUCGGGAACUACCAUCCGAGGCUCUCUGACGAACCUAAUGGAGAAUCUUGACAAAGAUGAUCCAAGGCCAACCGUGCCUCUCGGACACGGCGACCCCUCGGCGUUUCCGUUGUUUCGAGCCGCCACUGCAGCGGAAGACGCCAUUGUGGACGCUGUCCGCUCGGCUAAGUAUAAUGGCUACGCGCCGACGGUUGGGAUUCUGCCUGCAAGGAGGGCCAUAGCAGAUUAUCUGUCUCGUGAUCUUCCAUAUGCGUUGUCGCCGGAUGAUGUUUAUCUCACAACUGGAUGCAAACAGGCAAUUGAAAUAGUACUGACAGUCCUUGAUCGCCCGGGUGCCAACAUUCUGUUUCCAAGACCCUACUACCCUUUCUAUGAGGCAUAUGCUGCAUCUAAAUGUCUUGAAGUUCGUCAUUUUGAUCUUAAUCCAGAAAAGGGUUGGGAGGUUGAUCUUCAGAGCGUUGAAGUGCUUGCUGAUGAGAAUACUGUUGCCAUAGUCAUCUUAAACCCUGGAAAUCCUUGUGGAAGUGUCUAUACACACCAACAUUUGAAGAAGAUUGCAGAGACAGCAAGAAAGCUGCGCAUUCUGGUUGUUGCCGAUGAAGUUUAUCACCAUAUCACUUUCGGAACUAAACCGUUUGUGCCGAUGGGAGUAUUUGGAUCAAUAGUGCCUGUUAUCACACUAGGGUCUAUAUCGAAGAGAUAUAUCCUACCAGGUUGGCGACUUGGUUGGCUUGUGACAACUGAUCCUAAUGGCAUCCUUUGUAAAUUGGGGGUUGUGGAAUGUAUUACGGGCUGUCUCAAUAUGGCAUCUGAUCCACCAACAUUCAUUCAGGGAGCGGUUCCUCAUAUCCUUGAAAAAACUGGCGAAGAUUUCUUCUUAAAGGUUAUUGACAUCCUAAGGAAGGCUGCAUGCAUAUGCUAUGAUAGAAUUGAGGUGAUCCCCUGCAUUACUUGUCCAAAUAAACCAGAAGGAUCCAUGUUUGUGAUGGCCAAGUUAAGCGUGUCUUUAUUGGAAGACAUUAAUGAUGAUAUGGAGUUCUGUCUCAAGCUGGCUAAAGAGGAAUCAUUUAUUAUUUUACCAGGGUUGGCUGUUGGGAUGAAAAAUUGGCUGCGCAUCACUUUUGCAAUUGACCCUUCAGAUCUUGAAGAUGGCUUAGCGAGGAUUAAGGCAUUCUGCAAAAGGCAUGCCAAGAAACAAUAAGCUCAGGCUAGUUUCUCAUGGUGGUUUCCAUGAAUGUUGAAAAUAAUAAUAGUGAUAGGGUUUGUUAAUAAAGUUCACUCUUUGAAGUCUUGCUAAUCAAGCAAGACAUAAUGAAGAAGGGGUGGUGAUCUGCAACUUCCUGUUGCUUGAUCCCAUCAUGUUAUGUUAUUUUUGGUGAAGUGUAAUCAACAAUGUUGUGUUGUUGAUCCAUGCUUUUAUUUGAUUUCCUUGAACCAUAAAGGAGUCUUACAUGUUUUUGAACUCCAUGUGUACAAUGAUGUUUGAUUAUUUUAAUAGAAAAUAUUGUUCAUUUUA